UCUCUCUCUCUCUCUCUCUGAACACCAAGCUGCUGCUUCAUCAUAUUUUCGCCACCAAAUCCUGGUACGGUUCUUCGCAUUCCCACACUCAUUCUUUUUCUUGUUCUUCAGUUUGUCAGUAAAAUCAUGAGUUACCAUCAACUGUACAUACAGCUAUUAGGCUUGCUUCCCUUGGACAGAGGCAGUUCCUUAUAAAUCUGGUGUGGGAUAGGCAGCAUUUCUGUUGUGAUUUUCAUUUUGAUUCAAGCCUGGAACUGUUGAAGGGUUGAGGGAGUGAAAGGAAAAGAGAUCCAAGUCAGAAAUGGGAUGUUCUACAUCAAAAUUGGAUAAUGAAGAGGCUGUCCAGCUCUGUAAGGAUCGGAAGAGGUUCAUUAAACAAGCUGUUGAACAUAGGAUGCGGUUUGCCUCUGGACAUGUUGCCUAUAUCCAGUCCUUGAAAAGAGUUUCAGCUGCUCUUCGUGAUUAUGUAGAUGGAGAUGAGCCCCGUGAGUUCUUAUUAGAUUCAUACAAAACCACCCGACCUAUAAAAAAAACUAAUACAGGUUUUAUCUCGAUAUCACCGAAGUCUUUCUCAGUAGCACCACUUGAAUCUGAAACCAAGUCAUCAUUGAAAAUAAACUAUCUAAGAUCAGGUGGGAACCCAUCAGUUUCUGUUGAGGAGAGACCUCAUUCACCAGAAACAGUUCGCAUUGAAACCUACUCACCGGUGCAUUAUUAUGAGAUUGAUCGAUUUUUUGCAAUGCAAUCAUCACCAAUGAAUCCUUUAGUUUUUUCUUAUUCCCCCAACAAUAGACCCAAUAUACCUCCUCCUUCACCUCAAACUUCUCAAUGGGACUUCUUCUGGAAUCCCUUUUCAUCACUUGACUUUUAUGGGUAUCCCACGGGGAGUAAUCUUGAUCAGACUCUGCUGGAUGAUGAGAUCAGGGGGCUAAGGCAAGUUCGAGAAGAAGAAGGGAUCCCCGAAUUAGAAGAGGAAACUGAACAGGAAGACUCUGAUAAAAAUGCAAGUACACCAAAAGAGAGAGCCAAUAUUAACGUAAACAGUGAAAGAGAAGAAGUUAUAGUUGAAGAUGUUGAUGAUGAUAAUGAUGAUGGAACAGAAACUGAGCAUGAGGUAGGAGGAUUGCAAUCCCAAGGCGGACAGAGCAUUGCAGUUUCAAAAGCACAAAAUGCAGGACCGAUUAGUAAUCAGGCAACUGCAAUUGGUGAUCGGGAAGAAGAUAAUAAACAAACGCCUGGUUUUACAGUUUUUGUAAACCGAAGACCUACAAGCAUGGCAGAAGUUAUCAAGGAUCUUGAAGAUCAGUUCAUGAUUGUUUGUAGUGCAGCAAAUGAAGUCUCAGCUAUAUUAGAGGCUAGUAGAGCUCAGUACUCAUCAGCCUUAAACGACCUCUCAGCUACUAAACUGCUGAAUCCAGUAACUUUGUUCCGAUCAGCUUCAUCUCGUUCAUCAUCAUCAAGAUUAUUGAUGAACACUACAAGUUCCAAAGAAGAGGGCUAUGAAAGUAGUAGUGAUAUCUCAGAGGAGUCUUGUAUGUUUUCAGGCAGUCAUCAAACAACACUGGACAGAUUAUAUGCUUGGGAGAAGAAACUCUAUGAGGAAGUCAGGGCUGGAGAGAGGGUUCGAAUGGCAUAUGAGAAGAAAUGUUUACAACUCAGGAACCAAGAUGAUAAAGGAGAGGAUGCUUCUUCCAUGGAUAAAACACGAGCAGCCAUUAGAGAUUUGCAUACACAGAUAAAGGUUUCAAUACACUCAGUUGAAGCGGUUUCAAAGAGGAUUGAAACCUUAAGAGAUGAAGAAUUGCAACCUCAACUUCUGGAAUUAGUGCAGGGGUUAGGAAAGAUGUGGAAAGUGAUGGGAGAAUGUCAUCAAUUGCAGAAGCGUACGCUAGAUGAGGCCAAACUCUUAUUAGCUGGAACACCUUCAAAACUGAAGAAGCACACGGUGUUUUCACCAGCUGAACCUGACAGACUAUCCCGUUCAGCUGCCAAUCUCGAGACUGAGCUGAGAAACUGGCAGGCCUGUUUCGAGUCGUGGAUCACUUCCCAAAGAUCCUACGUGUGUGCAUUGACAGGUUGGCUCCUCCGUUGCAUUCGUUGCGAUCCAGAUCUGUCAAAGUUACAAUCAUCUCCUCAUUGGUCUGCCGGGACCCCACCCAUAGUCGGGAUAUGCAUCCAUUGGUCUAGGUUCCUGGAUUCCAUUCGUGAGGUGCCAGUUCUUGAUGGACUGGACUUAUUUGCUGCUGGAGUUGGCUCCUUGUAUGCACAACAACUAAGGCAAGAUUCUCGGCAUGGUGCAAUUGGAUCAAAACGGCUUGGAGGUGGUGCAGGUGGAGGGAACAACAUGCAACUUGUGGAGCUCGGCCGGUUGGAAGAGGAGGAGUUUAUGAGUGAUGAGAAAAUGGCAGAAGUUGCCCUGAGGGUGCUGUGUGCUGGAAUGUCGGUUGCUGUGAGUUCAUUGACACAGUUUGCCAUUGCUUCUGCUGAAGGGUAUGCUGAACUACUAGUGAAGCAAUGGGAUAAUUGAUAAAUUUUUUGUUUUGUUGGAUAGUCUGGCCAUGGCUGUAAAUGCAAUUGCGAUCUGACCUCUUAUAUAUAUAUAUGUAGAGAGAGAGAGAGAGAGAGAGAGAGAGAGAUGGUUAGUUGCUUUUUUGUUAAUUAAUUUGCCAUGGUUGUGUAUAUCAUUGUUUGAAGUAUCAAGUAAUGCUUUCUUCUCCAUUGUCAUCUAAGUGGUUGUACGCAAAAUAAACAUUAGAUCAAUUGUCCAAACCAGUAAUAAAUCAGUUAUUUGAUUGAG